AUGUCGUGGCAUCCAGAUGGCUGUCUAUAUGAAGGAGUACGAAAAGUUAUUGGCGGAAAACCAGUGGGACGCACUAGCAGUAUUCGAAAGCUGAACCCGUUUUUGGAUGAUGACGGCGUGAUACGAGUUGAUGGCCGAAUAAACUCAGCCCUUGCUGUUCCAGUCUUUGUACGUAAUCCUAUUAUAAUGCCACAGAAGCACCACGUCACGGAUCUCAUCGUUGAUUUUUACCAUAAGUUAUGGAAACAUCAGAACCAGGCUACUAUUAUCAAUGAGAUACGACGUCGAUUCUGGAUACCACACAUACGAACAGUUGUGAGACAUGCCUCGAAAAGAUGUCUGGAUGGCAAAAAAGAACGAGCCAAGCCACACAUUCCACUGAUGGGACAGCUGCCAGAGGACAGAUUGACGCCGUUUGUAAAACCAUUCACAUAUGUUGGACUAGAUUAUAUGGGACCGUUCUUCGUUGUCACUGGGCGACGAACUGAAAAACGAUGGAUCACGUUGUUUACGUGCCUUACGAUUCGAGCGGUGCAUCUGGAAAUAGUCAGAGACCUAAACACUGAUGCAUGUUUGAUGAGUAUCCGUAAUUUCAUCAAUCGACGCGGGAUUCCAGUGCGCAUCCGCUCAGACAAUGCAACUUGUUUCGUAGGAGCGGACAAGGAACUUAAACGACAGAUCAACCAAUGGAACUAUGGAGUUAUUUCAGAUACUCUUGCGAGCUCGAACAUAGAAUGGAUCUUCAAUUUCCCGCUGAACCCUCAUGCCGGUGGAUGUUGGGAGCGUUUGGUGCGAAGUGUCAAGAGAGCAAUGGGAUGGGCGCUGUACCGUGAGAAUCUUCAAGAACAUAGUCUUUUUAGCUUGAUGUGUGAAGCAGAGAACAUAGUGAACUCUCGACCUCUAACUCAUAUUCCGCUAGACACACCCAAUGAUGAACCCUUAACCCCUAACCAUUUUCUUUUAGGUGUACCAAACUCACAGCAAACCCCUCACCCUCGAGCCGAGGAUUUGAGUGUGACGAGAAAACAAUGGCGCAAGGUGCAGCAAGCGCAACACCGUUUCUGGAAUAAAUGGUUGGCAGAGUAUUUACCCGAUUUAUGCCGACGUACGAAGUGA